AUCCCUUUUCUCAUCUCCAAGACAAACCUUACAACCCCUUCCUCUCUGCUCCUUCCCUUCAUCAAUCUAUCAUUCCAAACACUCCAUCAACUAACCGACCUGCAAUUAAACACCCCCCCUCCUUGAAGAAAUGCGCGUCCCAACCUUCCUCUCCGUCCUUCUCCUGCCGCUCGCCGCCAGCGCCCAACUCUUCGGCAGCAACACCGCGAACCCAGACCCCUCGGCCCAACGAAAGCUAAACGUAACCCUCCAAGUUUCCUUCCCAGACGUCUCGAAUGAGAUUGUCAGCGUUGGCACUGGUGACCGGAGCGUGAAGCUCGUGAACGGCAUCCCGACACGGAUAUCCUUCAACCUGGUAAACUUCGAGGCUUCCUCGAUAUUCGUAGAAGCCAUCGGAGGGAGCCUCUGGGAUUUGGGAAAGGAUGUCGCUGUGCGGAAUCUGACCAGCAAGAAACUGGGUGGGAUGGAGGUGCUCAAGGAUCAGAAGAUUGAGAUACCGUACGAGUUUGUCAACGAGAUGCACCCGAGGGAGAUCUUACUCAAGCUUGCCAUGAUGUUGAGGUACGAGGAGGAGAUUGUCACCGUUACGGCAUAUAAUCAGACUGUGGUUGUGGUUGAGGCGCCAACUUCGCUUUUGGACCCACAGUUGUUGUUCCUGUACCUCAUCCUCGCCGUCACAGUCGCUUACGCGGGAUACUUUGUUUACAACACUUGGCUUGGUAGUGUCAUUCCUAUCACCAAGCGUAGCAGGUCCGAUGCGCCAAAGCUAGUCAGACCGACCGCACCUCUUGCCCAGUCCGGAAAGUACGAUGAGAGCUGGAUUCCUGUGCACCACAUCAAGAAGCCUACCACUUCAAGGGCUAGAAGCGGUGCCAAGGGCCGGAAGGGGGGAGAUUAAAUGACACAAUUCACUUCUGUGUCAUCUUUUCUUUUCUUUCCCUCUUUCUUUUCCGGACUUUGAUUCUUUCCAGUUCCACAGGAUGAGUGAAGCUCGCUUGACCAAUUGAUGGGUGUAUUAAUGGUUAGAUUGGUUGGGGUGGUUACAAAAAAAAAAAAGCACAGUUAUGCUAUCCUGCACUGGUGUUAAAAA